GGUUAAUGUGGCAGUGCAAAGAGUGCAGCGCUGUGGCCGAUACCAGACUGAAAGAGUUCCAUAAUGGUGGUGCUGCGGAUCAUCUUUGAAGAGGAGUCUGACUCUAGAAAAUUGCCACUGGAGUCUGGAUUUCCAGCAACAGUGUCGGAACUCCAUGCCAUAAUAAAGACAUUCUUCCAGUUGCCAGAUGACUUCCGGCUGCAAGACAUGGAUCCUAUGUUCAAUGAGUUCAUGAACUUGGAUUCAGUCUCUGAACUUGAAGAUAGGGGCACAUUGAAAAUAAUAUACACUCCUCUCUUUGAUUCUGGCAACAUCACACUAUACCCAGUAGACCCACCCACUGGUACCUCAACCCCCACCUACCAACCACCUACAGAGUCCUCAACCACAUACGUCAUGGUACAGUCAGUUGACCCAGAUGCUGAUACAUCAACCACCACCUACCAACCUGGUACCUCGACAGCCAUGCCACCCGCUGGGACUUCUACAGCCGCCUACAUGCCACCCGCUGGGACUUCUACAGCCGCCUACAUGCCACCCGCUGGGACUUCUACAGCCGCCUACAUGCCACCCGCUGGGACUUCUACAGCCGCCUACAUGCCACCCGCUGGGACUUCUGCAGCCGCCUACAUGCCACCCGCUGGGACUUCUACAGCCGCCUACAUGCCACCCGCUGGGACUUCUACAGCCGCCUACAUGCCACCCGCUGGGACUUCUACAGCCGCCUACAUGCCAUCUGCUGGGACUUCCACAGCCACCUACAUGCCAUCCUCUGGGACUUCCACAGCCACCUACAUGCCACCCGCUGGGACCUCAACCCCCUCCUACAUGGCAUCUGGUGGAAGUUCUCCUUCAUCUUUAGCCUCAUCCUGCUGUGAUGAUACAUGGUGCACAUCCACCCCACAUUCAUCCCCCGAAGUUUCGGUCUCAGGAUUGUCCACUUGGCCAAAAGUUUUUGUUAUUCCAAAGUUUACGUAUGAUGCUGAAUAUGAGCUGCAGCAGAAGAAUGCAGAAUUUGAAUCAAAUGGCACAUACUUCACCCCUGGCUUGAAUCUGAAAAGAGUGAUCCUGGAAGGCUUAGCCCAGGAAAUUAUGAAGUACACCAAAUACCCUAAAGACUACCAGUGGGAAGAGGUAGCUGGAGCUUUGAUAAGGGCCCAUCCUUGUUUGGCACAGAUGGGAGCCACAGAUGGUUUUGGGGGAUGGAAAACAUCAUUGAAGUUUAAAAUGCAAAACUAUCGGACGAAGCUGGGGCGACUCGGGCAUCCUGAAAUCAGAAUUAAUUCACUGAAGCAUAAAAGAGAAGGAAAAGGCAAACCUGCUGCAAAAAUCAAGAAACCAAGAAAAGCAGAGGUAAACUACAUUCCUCUUCCCCCAAAAGGCGAAACAACAGCAAGCUUGGAAAAAGAGAGAAUCGCUUUGGUAUCAGAAAUAAAAAAAAAGGGACAAUGAAGCAGUAAUAAAGGCAAAAAUGAAUACCACCUUCUCCCACAGACGUUUAGAAGUAGUUGACCAAAGACCCAUGGUGGGAGAAUUCAAGGAGAGAUGGCCUGCACUGUUCCGGCAGUGUGAAGUAAAUGCGGAGUUCAUGAGAAUAACUACCAAGCCCCUACAAUCAAAAUUCCUCUCAGAGUGGGACCACUUCUCAAACAGUCUCCUCCAGAUAUUCCAAGGCAAAGGCGGACAGAAGGGGAAGAAAAUGAAGGACAUCCUUGCUGACACAGAUUUGUGUCACAUAAACACAAAGAGGGAGCGCAUCUUGAAGUGCCUGAUGCUGUACCUCGGUGAGAACCCUGACUUGCUCUUCAAGGAGUAUUUGGACUCAAAUGAUGCUGAGAAUGCCAGGACAGACCUGGAGGAAGUCAUUGGAAUCUACGCAGCUGGGAGAGAUGACUUUGGGGAGCCACUGGAUGUCGGCAUCAUCAUUGAAGGUGUAAAUGUUUUGAACAACGUCGACAGUGUCAUUCUCGCCUUUAUCAUGCUGUUUGGGCUGAUUUAUGCUUUGGACUUGAGCUACCCAGACAAAUUUAAGUACACCUUUGAGUUCAUCCAAAAAAUCAUAAUGAAUUUGGAUGCACACAAGCUCAGUUGCAAGGUAGAACAGCUGAAAAUCAAGUUGUUUGCAAAAUAGAUCAGCACCAAUCCGGAUCUUUUGAUUUCUUGUUUUGUAAAAAAGUUGUGUAUCUGAGAUACAGCACACAUAAACAAAAAGUACAAAAAGUUAAUAUGUUCUCAUCUUAAAGCUAAAAUAAAUGAAAGGGUCAUCUCAUGGCAGAUAAUUGACCUUGACCUCGUCAGAGCAGGUUUUUAUGUUUGAAAAGUGUAAGCAACCCCCUUGUUGUUCUGGAUGCACGUUUCAUUGCUCUGAAUGAUUUUUAAAGGGGAAAGAAGUUUUACAUGUUUCAGAAAUUGUGAAUCUGUGAUACAUACUAUACACAGAAAUGUACAAAAAGUUGCCAUGCUGUCACCUGAAAUAUACAAGAAAAACUAAAAUAAAAGGGUCAUCUCAUGUUGACGGCAGAUAAUUGACCUUGACCUUGUCAGAUCAGUUGUUUUGAUGUUUGAAAAGUGUAAGCAACCCCCUUGUUCUGGAUGCACUUUUUAUUGCUCUUAAUGAUUUUUAAAGGGGAAAGAAGUUUUACGUGUUUCAGAAAUUGUGAAUCUGUAAUACAUACUGUACACACAAAAUGUACAGAAAGUUCAUAUGCUCUCACCUAUAAGAGUUAAAAAGAGAAGCUAAAA